ACGCAUGCGCGCCGGGAAUGGCGACGGUACCUCUUUCUUUGCUUCUCUACACGGCUCUCCCCGGCCGGGGGGGCUGAGUGCCCUCCCCCUUUCCUCUCCGCCCCUCCCCUUACCCCCUCCCGCCCAGCGGGGCUUCUAACUGACAGUUGUCGCCCGGCCCGGUCCGUGCGCCGCCUCCUCCUGCCCAGGUCCCCCGCAGGUAGACAGGGGCGGGAGGGGGUGUGAGGGAGAGGAGGAGCCGGCGCCGCGGCGGCCCGGGGCUGCGGCCCACUCGGGAAGGAGCAGAACCCUCUUACUCCUCGCCCCCUCCCAGCGCCCCGUCGGCCCGGGAGGGGGUGGGGCGCCGAGGCCCCGCCGGCCCGGCCGGUGAGCGGGCGGGAGGGGUGUGUAGGGUGAAGCCGGCGCGGGCCGCGCGCCGCCGGGGGGAGGGGAGAGGAGGGCACCUAGCUCUCCUCUCCCCCCCUCCCCCGCGCGCCAUGUAACCCCGCCCCGCGGGCGCGAGCCUGAGACCCCCGCGCGCGCGGGUCCCGGCCGGCGACUGAGGAGAGCAAGGCCCGAUGCGGCGGGGGCUGCGCGGCGCCGCGGAUCUCUGAGGAAGCGGCCCGCGCUCACGCGUCCCCCGGCGCCUGGAGCGGCCGCUCCUCUCAACCCAGCCUGGGCCUGCCGGGGGGCAUGAGCGUGCCGGAGACACCGGGGGAGAUGGAGCGGGCCACGGAGGAGGAGCGGCCGCCACCGCCGACCGGAGACGUGAACGAGGAGGAGGUGGUGGCAGCGGCGGCCCGGGCCUCGGGGCUGGUCCGCAGGAGGAGUGACUCCUCGGUGAACGACGAGGAGGAGGAAGCGGCGGCGGAGACGACGGUGGUCGCGGGCGGUGGCUGCAAGGAGCAGGAGCUGACCUACGAGCUGCAGCAGGGCUACCGCAUCCUGGGCGAGUUCCUGCAGGAGAAGCACCGCGGCCUCACCGCCCCUUUCCUGCAGCCCUUGGGGGGCGUUGCCGCCGGGGAAGAAGAGGUGGCCGAAGGGCGGCGCAGCGGGAGCCGGGGCAGCCGCGUCCUCCCGCAGCAGCCCGGCCAGGGCAUGUGUCUGUUGAAGAUGGAGGAGAAGUUCUCCAGCGGCCAGUACAGGGGCAUCACCGAGUUUGUGGCGGACUUCAGGUUGAUGCUGGAGACGUGCUACCGCCUACACGGCGUCGACCACUGGAUCUCCAAACAGGGCCAGAAACUGGAGAUGUUGUUGGAGCAGAAGUUGGCGCUUCUCUCUCGGCACUUGAGAGAAAAGACAACGAUAGCAGUUACAUCUAGAGGCUAUUAUGGAUUGGAGGAGGAGAAGGGAACUGCAUGUACUUCAACAAGGCGUCGGUCAACACCUCGAAGUUUGGCAGGUUUGACAAGUGGAGUUUUUGAGUCUAUAAUGGUUCAAGUUUUGAGACAGGAAGAACAGCUGAGAGCAAAAGAAGAAAAAAGGCUUCGGGAGCAAGAAAAAAAAGAAGCAGAAGAAGCUUGCCAAAAGGAAGUAGAAGAGUGGGAAAGAAAGCUCCUUGCUCAGGCAGCUCCAGCCUGCAUGGAGAACAUGUGGGAAAUCCCAGCCAUUGGGCAUUUCCUUUGUUUAGCCCAACAGAUUCUAAACUUGCCAGAAAUUGUCUUUUAUGAACUGGAACGCUGUCUUCUGAUGCCUCAGUGUAAUGCCUUUCUAUCUAAAAUAAUGACUUCUCUACUGAGCCCUCCUCAUCGCAGACCUACCUUACAUCGAAGACCUACUUUGCCUUAUAGGACUUGGGAAGCAGUGCUGAGACAGAAAGUGCAGCAGUGGUACACUGCUGUGGGGCAGACUGAGAACCCUGAUAACUGUGCUGAGAAACUUGGCUUGUGUCCUCAGUUUUUUAAGGUUCUUGGAGAAGUUAAUCCAUUGGAAGAAAGACCUUUUCACGAGCUACCUUUCUACCAGAAAGUAUGGCUACUUAAAGGACUUUGUGACUUUGUGUAUGAAACACAGAAAGAAGUUCAAGACGCUGUGCUUGGGCAGCCUAUUCAUGAGUGCAGGGAGGUUAUCCUUGGUUAUGAUUAUCUGGAAAAUGCUUACGUACAUUUUCCACAGUUCUGUGGUGCAGAUGUGCGAAUUUAUAAACAAAGACCCUUUCAGGCCCCAGAAUUUCCAGUUCCACCCAUUAAAGUAAAAAGAGUACCUCGGAUUAAACUGGAGAAAUUCAAGUGUGACUAUGUUAAUACAAGUAACGGAGAACACAGAUGUAAUAGAGAAGGCCUGCCUUUGGCUUUCAAGAAAGAGCAGGAAAUUGAUUUUGAUCCAGCCUGUUGUCCUGCUAAAAUGAACUUUGAUAAUCAUGACAUCACUGUUGAAAUGGAAGUAAAAUCCAACUGUGACAUUAAAGUUCACAGGCCUUGUGAAAUUGAAAAAACUGAUUGUUGUAAAGAAAAUUUGCAGAAACCCAGAAGUCCAGGAGAAGUUACUGGCUUUGGAGAGCCGCUCAGUCCAGGUGAAAUAAGGUUUAUAGAAAAUCAGGAAAAAUACAGUGAAGCUUCCAAAAUAAAGACAGAAUCCAAUCCAUUGAAAGAAAAUGCUCUAAAAUCUUGCCAAAUUCAUAUAAAUGGAAGUCACAUCGAGCAUCCAGACAUUAACUGCCACAAAGUUGUAAGGGAUAUAUUGUUAGAGCACUCACUGCAGAGCCACAAGAAACUCAAACUAACUAAAAUGAGGGCAAAAAAGAAGAAAAAGAAAAAAAAGAAAUUGAAAGAUGUUUUGAAUGAAAAUUUACAAAGAAAGCGUGAAGGUCUUCAUUCUCUUCCCUUCAAGUCUUACAAACCUGAUAUCCAGAAUAAAUUAUUGAUCAUCAAAAAGAAAGGAAAACACAAGAAGCACAAAUCUGGAAAAAAAUCCAUAUCUAAAAAAGCAAUCACAAAGAAGAGGAAAACUGUCACAAAGUCACCUGCUGUGCCGGAGUUUCAGCUUAUUUGCACUAAUCUUGAUGAACUCAGGGAAUUAAUCACAAAAAUCGAGAAUGAACUCAAAGAUCUGGAAAACAGUAGAAAAAAAUCGGGCAAAUGGUACCAUCGGAGGCAAGCUGUAAAAGAAUUACAUAGUACACUGAUACGUCUUUUAAAUGAAUUGCUACCAUGGGAACCAAAGUUAAUGAAGGCUUUUCAGAGAAACAGGAGCCGCCUGAAGAAAGACUAUGAUGAUUUCCGAAGACAACCUGAUCAUGGUCAGUUCAGUAGAGAAGUAUGGACUACUGAGGAGUGUGAAGGGAACCCUGAGAGAGAGGCUCCUAAAGCUGAAGUCAGUAAGUCUGUGGAUGCAGCAGAACCUCUAGACAACCUGGAGAAAGAGCACGACGAUUCAGAUGAUAUGAAAUUAUCAGAAAUAGGCUUUCCUAUGGCCAGAAGCAAGUUGUUGAAAAAAGAAUUGCCUUCUAAAGACAUAGUGAAGACACUGCCUAAAACACUUAAACGACAGUCCAAACAAAGUAGUUAUCUAGACGAUAGCACAAAAGAGCUUUCCCCAAGGAAGAAAGCAAAGCUAAGCACAAAUGAGACAUCAGUUGAGAACUUAGAUGUCGACAUGCAGAUUGACUGUUUGAAUGAAUCAAAGCCUACAGAACUGCCAUUUCCAGAGUCAUUUGCCUCAAAGGAUUCAGUACCAGUGUCUCCUCUCCAAAAAGGGACCAAACCUAUUCAAGCUUUGCUUGCAAAGAAUAUUGGGAACAAAGUGACCUUAACAAAUCAACUGCCCCCUUCCACAGGUAGGAGUGCUCCUGCUGUGGAAAAGCCAGCUCUAUCUCCUGCAGAAACAAGCCCCAUAAAGCCAGCAUUGACCUGCCUCACGAGUACAAAGGGACCUUUACAGAUGGUGUACAAAAUGCCCUGUGGUCAGUGGUUGCCAGUAGACCUUCAUAGUAGUUCUGUCAAGAUUCAGAUGCAACCCAUGGUGGAUUCUAAAACGGGAGAAAAGAUCAUGCAGCAAGUUCUUAUUCUGCCUAAGAAUUUUGUGAUUCAGCACAAAGAGGGGAAAGCAGUUGGAAAAGAGAUAGCACCACCUCAGCAGAAAGGCCCAGAACACUCUUCACCUUGCCCACAGAUGACAAGUGUAAACUGUUCUUUAGUAUCUGUUCCUGUCACCUCUGUGUCUACCCAACUGCCUAAUAUAGUUCUCAAUAAGACAGUUACACCUUCAUCAAAUGUGAGUUCUAGAUCACAGCCUUUGUCACCUGUAACCUCUGUAAGUAAUAUGUUAACAUCACCAGUGAAGAUUAGCCAGAGUGAAGCAGAGAAAGUCAAGAAUACAGUUUCAUCCACCACAGUCCCCCAGUGCAAUACUUCACCUGCCAUUUCAUCCACAGCACAGCCUCUCUUGCCAGCAACAACACUAAAUGAAUCUCCAGAUCCUGGCAGUUCUCUCCCCUGUUUUUCACAGCAAACUGUUGAUUCUUCUGAGGCAAAGCAAGAACUAAAAACUGUAUGUAUAAGAGAUUCACAGUCAAUUCUUGUUAGGACGCGAGGUGGGAACACUGGAGUUGUAAAAGUACAAACUCAUCCAGAGCAAAAUUCACCCAACAGUUUAUCUUCAAGUUCUGUUUUCACCUUUGCACCUCAAUUUCAGGCAUUUCUUGUGCCAAAAUCAACAUCAUGCCCUGUUUCCUCACAAGUAGCUGGAGUGACUACUACAUCUAGUCUACCAUCUUUCAGCCAAGCACCUACAUCUGUGUCUGUUUCAUGUGGCUUUCAUCCACCCAUGGGGAAAAAUCUCAAAUCUACAUUAGGCCAAACCUUCAGCAGUGGUUAUGUGGGCCCCAUGAUAGAAAAAACGUCAUUCAUGCCCUCUUCACCCUUGAAGUCCUCUGUUUCUUCCAGCUCAUUGCUACCAUCAACAACAAAUAGUUCAGUUAAUGUAAUUAGCAUAUCAGCAGGAAAUUUUGGGCAAUCCAAUACAAAUGUUAUUCAUACAUCAACUAAACCACAACAAGUAGAUUAUAUCACAAAAAGUUACCCAGUUACAAGAUCAGAAGCAACAACAGCAAUAAAUGGAGAUGUGCUCAGUGAAACUCCAGGUCAGAAACUAGUGCUGGUGUCCGCUCCAUCUGUUCUUCCUUCUGGCAGUGUGUCUUCAGUUAAUGUGGCACCAGCACCAACCUCUCCAGGUGUUUCUACCCAGAAAGUCGUUUUUAUUAAUGCUCCAGUUCCUGGUGGCACUUCAUCCUCAACUAUUGUUGCAGAAUCAUUAAAACAGACACUUCCUUCUCCCUUGAAUAAAACAUACAUUAAGAAUCCAGAGCAACCCCAGAUAGUACUAAUUCCCUCUACAGUAGGAGCACCAAUAAAAAUAAAUUCUUCACCAACUGUGUCUCAGAUUAAAGAUGUGAAAAUUGGACUAAACAUAGGUCAAGCAAUUAUAAAUCCUCCAGGAAAUCUGCCAGCUCUGUCAUCAAUUAAUAUAUUGCAAAAUGUAAUGCCAAAAGGUGAAGACAAAAGUAGUAAGGGCUGUAUCUCCCCCAUCUCACCAGGUGGUAACUCAGUGCCAGCAAGCUCAAAUAUUGUGAAUCACAAUCUUCCUCCUGCUAGUGAGUCAGCAAGAGCUACAAAUACAUUUUCAGGAAUAGGAGCAAAUGUACCUUUGAGUUCCCUUUCAGUGACCUCAUCCCCUGCUUCAGUAGGAACACGACCUCCUGUUUUAGUUAGUGGAAAUGAUACCUCUUCCAGAAUUAUGCCUGUUUUGUCAAAUAGACUUUGUGCAUCAAAUCUUGGAAACACUGUGGCUAUAUCAACUGUAAAAACAGGACACCUCGCAUCAUCUGUUCUCAUUUCAACUACACAACCAACAGUGUCUCCCAAAUGUUUGACAUCAGCUUUACAGAUCCCUGUGACUGUUGCCUUGCCUACACCUGUGACUACAUCUCCAAAAAUAGUCAACACAGUUCCACAGUCAGCAACAGUACCAGGAACCACACACCCUGUAUCUCUCUCUAAAAGACAAUCCCGAACUUCUCUUCAGUUUCAGUCACCAGGGACUACAACUACAGUGCCAACAAAUGCAAACACAAGUAAGCCUCCAGCUGAAUUAUCAUCCCCCUCACCAAGUCCAGGUAAAAUAAUUAAUAUUUCUAAUGUUACUUCUAUGCCAAGCCAGCAUAUGUCCCCUUCAUUAGUAAGAACAACUCUCAGUAAUAAUUCUAUUGCAGGUGGCUCUGCCAUUCACACUUGUUCACCACCGUCAAAUAUAACUAGUCUGGCAGGUGCUCCAUUCAGUGAACCUUGUAUUCAGCAAAAAAUAGUCAUUAACACGAGUACACCUUUGGCACCAGGAACUCAAAUCAUGAUGAAUGGAGCCCGGUUUAUUGUUCCGCCGCAAGGUCUUGGAGCUGGUAGCCAUGUCCUCCUUAUCUCUACUAAUCCAAAAUAUGGACCUCCCUUAGUUCUUAACAGUGGCCAGAGCAUACUGGCUACACCAGUAGAUAAUCCUGUCCAGAAGAUCAUACAGACAUCAAAUAAUUCUUUAAGUGGACAGCCUUUAAAGCAUUCUGUAAGAAACUCUACAAAGAUUGUAAAUUCUCUUGGAAGUCCAAGUUCUCUCUCUACAGUACAUACACCACCACACAUCGUAAACACGCCUGCUAAUGUGUGUGUUCCACCUGCACCACCGGCAGCAUUGACGUCAGUAAUUAAGUCCUCUCCAGCUACUCUUUUAGCUAAAACAUCUUUGGUUUCUGCCAUUUCCUCCAGUAAUCCUCCACUGCCAAGUAGCACAUCGGUAUUUCAUUUAGAUACCUCUGUCAAAAAGUUAUUGGUCAGCCCAGAAGGAGCCAUUUUAAAUACCAUAAAUACUCCAGCAGCUAAGGUAUCUUCAUUGUCUUCAUCUCUUCCUCCAGUUGUAUCUACUAGUCAAAAUCUUGCCUCUGUCUUCCCAGCUUUUUCGUCAUCUGGUUUAGAGAAGCCUGACACAGCUGCAUCUUGAAUUUAGAUCAACUGAGCCAGUUUUUAAAUAAUGGGGCAUUGUUUUAACUCCCAUAAAAAUUUUAACUUUAUUAUACUGUUGAAAACAUAUUGUUCAUACUUGUGUGAAAACAUACUGUUUAUACAUGUAUGUGUGUCUGUGUGUGGAGGUGGAUGUGUGUCUUAAUGUACCUUCAUUAGCUUGCCCAGUACUUUGUUUUAUUGGAGAGGAAAAAGUAUACUAUUUCAUUCAUUGGUGUGAGGAUGUUUUCCAAGGUUUUUUUGUUCAAAAUAUGUCAUCAAGAUGUACCUGUCUAUAUAACAUAAAUUGAACAAGUCAGGUUUGACUGUUUUAAGUAAGCUAGCCUUUUCACACUUAUAUUGAUAUGUUUCUUCUUGAAUUUGGAUUGUUGUGGUGUAUCUACAGUAUAGUAGUAUUCUAUGUCAUUAGUGACAUUUUUGUUUCUGUAAAAAGAAUAUAUAUAUAUAUAUUUAUGCAUUAAGAAAAUGCAGUUUAUGGUGUAAAAUUGUACAUAUUCCUUAAAUCCCUAAUAAUCUGUACUAAAUAUAUGUACAAAGAACAAUACUGUCUUAUUUAUGUUUUGUUUACAUAAUGUAUAGUUUUUUAAGUAUUUUAGUAAUUUUGGACCAGUGAACUGUUAGCAACAAUGCAGAAGAAUAUGCAUAUAAUAAACUGAGUUGCUGUAUUUCUUUGUUUGAAUACCAUUUUUAAAAUGUGUUCUUGCCCAUUGAAAGAAUACAUGGUAUAAAUUAAAACAGUCCUUUAAAACUUUGUGUUAAAAUUGGGAACGUCUAGAAGUGAUUGCACUUGCACAGACUUUACACUUGACAGAGCUUCCUUUCCUGUAUCUCAUUUGAUUUCCGUGAUAACCCUAGGAUAAUGUUAAGUGGCAUGUCCAGUCACGUGGCUCAUGGGGAGUAGAGCCAGGGCAUGAAUCUGAGGCUUCACAUUCAGUCUCUAUAGUUGUACUUUACUUCAUUUUGAGGUUUCCAUUCAGAAUUUCAUGAUUUCAGACAUUUUAAAGAAAACAGAAAAAAAAAUCACCACAAAAUUCUAUAAUAACAAAAAGAAAUAAGUGUUGCUUUUUUAAGAUGAGUUUAUUUGGUUUAUGUCUAUACAUCCAAAACAUGUUUCUUAAAACUUUUUUAAAGGUUUCUCUGUGCCCCUAGGCAAACCUGGAACUUUCUAUGUAGCCCAGGCUGGCCUUGCCUCAGCCUCUCUAGUGUGCCAGGGUUAUAGACAUGUCCUGCCAUGUCUAGCAAAACUUAGUUUUUAAUAAUCUGAAUUCACAAAAGGUUACAAAAGUAAUACAGAGUGGUGGCCUUACCCUUCAUCUUCCUUCUCCACAUAUAUUUCUGUUUACAUUAAGGGCUUGGUUCAUUGUUAUUGAUCUUCCAAAAUUAUGUUUAAAACAUGAAUUUCUUUGUCAUUUGAAAUUAAAAGCAAGAGAACAUAGUAGUAGUGCUCUUUUGUCUUUUACUCAGAUUAGAGAGCAACUGCUUAAAUUCUAUUAUGAAACAAAUUUGAUGGCUCAGUUGGUUUGACUCAGGGCUUGACUUUGUAGUGCUUCAGAAUGUGCCUCAUUAUAAAUAAAAGGUAGCUUUGUAUUCACUGGA